UCUAGAAGGUUCUCAAGCUUUUUGGAAGCACCCUGCUCGUACAUACCGGCCGGUUCGCUUCUCAUAUAUAUACUGUAGCGUACCAACGGCCGACAUAUUUGAUUCCGAAACGUCGAAGGGAACGCAUCGCUCAGCGUAUCUCCAAUUUGAAUCGAGCAUUCUUGAGCAAACAAUCAUUGUGAUACCUGUGAAGAAAGAAAGUGAACAGCAUUUGGUCAAGAUGUCUCUUCUGCCAUUGGUAUUCUCAAGCUGGUGGGAAGACCUGGAAAGGCCUCACCGAUUGUUCGAUCAGCAUUUUGGGUUAACACUGAGACCAGAUGAUCUUCCAGAGGUAGCUCCGGGCGGUCCCAGUAUCUUGGUACUAAAACCUCAGCGCAAGUGCUGCAGCCGGUUCCAUCCCUAUGACAGAACCGGCUAUCAUAAGGGUGCAGGAUCAUCCGUUGUUCAGGCAGACAAGGACAAAUUUCAAGUCACACUGGAUGUUCAGCAAUUUGCUCCAGAAGAGGUCAGCGUUAAAGUUGUUGGAAAGAACAUCGUCGUUGAAGGCAAACACGAGGAAAAGGAAGAUGAACAUGGUUGGAUCUCCAGACAGUUCGUACGAAAGUAUAUGGUACCUGAGCAAUGUGACAUCGACGAGGUCAAGUCUAUGCUUUCUUCCGACGGAGUUCUCAGCAUCACUGCACCUAGAAAACCACAAACUCCACAGGAAAAGAAUGAGAGAGUCAUCAGGAUACAGAAUACUGGACAACCAGCUUUGAAGGAUGAUACUACUCCAAAGAAUAUCGAGUCACAGAAGGAGCAGGGCUCCCAGACACAGAAGAGUCCUAUACAGCAGCGUGCUCAGGAGAAGACCGUUAAGGCUGCUUAAAAGUACAUUUUGUGAUACAUACUUUUUUAUUAUCGUGUUUUUACAUCAUUUAAUACAUGUGAUAGAGAGCUAGAGUACACCGAUGCAUCUUACUUCAUUCAGUAUUAAGUUAUUUCAUUAACAAUUUUGUCCCAAGUUCCUAAAUAUUACAUUUUCAAGCAUUGUUCACUGAAUGAGAUUUGAAAUGAAUAAGAAUAAAGAUCCUAUAAAAUAUUUUGUAA